CGGCGGAGAGCAGAGCCAAGAUGGCGGCGGAGGUGGAGUACGAGUCCGUGCUGUGUGUGAAGCCCGACGUCAGCGUCUACCGGAUUCCGCCGCGGGCCUCCAAUCGCGGUUACAGGGCAUCUGACUGGAAAUUAGACCAGCCUGAUUGGACUGGUCGCCUCCGAAUCACUUCAAAAGGGAAGAUUGCUUAUAUCAAACUCGAGGACAAAGUUUCAGGGGAACUUUUUGCUCAGGCACCAAUAGAACAGCAUCCUGGUAUUGCUGUGGAGACAGUGACAGAUUCCAGCCGCUACUUUGUAAUCCGGAUCCAGGAUGGUACUGGACGUAGUGCUUUCAUUGGCAUUGGCUUCACAGAUCGGGGUGAUGCCUUCGACUUUAAUGUCUCUUUGCAAGAUCACUUCAAGUGGGUAAAGCAGGAAUCUGAGAUUUCCAAAGAAUCUCAGGAAAUGGACACACGCCCCAAGCUGGAUCUGGGCUUCAAGGAAGGACAGACCAUCAAGUUGAGUAUUGGGAAUAUUACAACCAAGAAAGGAGCCACUUCUAAGCCCAAGACUGCAGGCACUGGAGGCCUAAGCUUACUCCCACCCCCACCUGGAGGCAAAGUCACUAUUCCCCCACCAUCCUCCUCAGUUGCCAUCAGCAAUCAUGUCACUCCACCACCCAUUCCAAAAUCUAACCAUGGAGGUAGUGAUGCAGAUAUCCUUUUAGAUUUGGACUCUCCUGCUCCUGUCCCCACACCAGCACCAGCACCAGCACCAGGUCCAGUUUCUGCAAGCAGUGACUUGUGGGGAGACUUUAGCACUGCAUCCAGCUCUGUUUCAAACCAGGCACCACAGCCAUCCAACUGGGUCCAGUUCUGAAUAGCAUUGGCAGGAUAUUAAGGACAGACUUGAAGAAUAAAAUGACCUUGAGGGCACCAAUCUUGAGGGAAGUUAGGAAUCUCUUCUUUCCCCAGAACCAAAAUUACUGGACAAUCUUUUUCAUAGCUUCUCCAUUGCGUUCAGGCUGGUUUAUGUCACUCCCCUAUGUUGUUAUUUGUACAGCCAAGAAAGUAUCUCUUAUCUCCUCUUCACUAUCAAGGCAGGGGAAUAGUAGGUCUUAUACUGUGGCUGGCUAUGAAGGGCUCCAAGGCCAGGGUUUCUGAGGGGGAAAUGACCUUUAACAUCUGCAACAUUUUUCUCCAUCUUUUAAACGCUUAAACAUAUUUCAGAAUCAUCUCAUGACCCUUGUGCGCCUCUUCGUGAAGCCCUAUUUAGCAAUUUCAGGGGAGACUUCCUUUUCCACUUACCCAAGACUCUGAAAAUAGACAGAAUGACCUCAGUGUUUACAAAUACAGAAUUUUGAUAGAGAUAGGAAUGAAGAAAAACCUGUGUCUUGAGUCUCUGCUAUCUAUCCUCCAGGUUUAUCCUAUUCAGUGAACAUCCAGUGCUGGAUGAAGUUUCAUCACCCUCUCAUGUGUUUACAUGUCUCUUCCUAUGAUAAGAGGGUUGUGUUGGUGGCAUCUCCACUAUUCUUUUUAAAAAAAAUAUAUAUUUUAUGAUUUUUUUUUUUUUUUAGAGAGGGAGAAGGGUAGAGAAAUAGAAACAUUGAUGAGAGAGAAACAUCAUUGAUCGGCUGCCUUUUGUGGGCAGGGUAUCGAGCCCACAACCCAGGCAUGUGCCCUGACCGGGAAUUGAACUGGUGGCCUCUUGGUUCCUGGCUUAAUGCUCAACUGCUGAGCUGCACCAGCCAGGCUCCACUGUUCUUUUGUUUGUUGAAUAGCACAACAUCUUUGAUCAGUGGGUGUCUCUUGGAUAAAAGAGGUUCAAUUGUGUUCCAAGUUAUAUUCUAGAGAAGUGUUUACAGUAAGUUCUUGGUUAACGAUGUCGAUAGGUUCUGCGACUUUAAGCCAAACCACUUAUAACAAAACCAGUUUGACCAUAGGCUAAUUGAUAUAAACAAGAACUAAGUUCCUACAGCGUCUCAUCAACAGCAUAAAAAGACGUUAUUAAAGGACCUGCUGUACAUCCUUGCAGCUCCAUCUAAUUGCUGCAUUAUGACCUAAACUUGAGGGGUUAGAGUUUUUAAUCUGAUUUGUAGAGCAGAGAGGUUGAAAACAUAACUCUUGUUCAGUACCCACAUUGCCUUGCUGCCUGGGUAUCUGGCCUGUUUCCAUAAACUUUGUUUCAACCCAUCUAGCUCUUCCAUAGAAGAGCAGCUAUUACAUGUAUCACCACUUAAGAAGGAAGCUGGAGAGUCACCACUUUAGUUAUGAUAGCUUUUGCCCAAAUGAUGGCUGUGAUGCCCAUUACUCAGGGUAUCUCAAAGGCAAGUUGCUCUCUCACCACUUUCCUUUCCCUCUGCCCCACCGUUCCUUUUACAAUGCUGUGAAGAGCGUUCCCUUUCCUAGAUGAUUGGGCGCUAUCUAUUUUGUUUGUUCAUAGACACUUUUGAGGAUGAAAUGAAAAGAUAUUUCUUCCCUUAGUCCCUAUUUGGAUGUGUAUACUCUGGCUGAAGGGAGGGAGUCCUUAUGUUUAUUUUCAAAAUACAUUUUCUCUUGGAUUUCCUUCAUGACUCCUUUUAACUUUGGGUCCAUUUCUUUUCAUUGCCUCCCCUUCCAGGCAGCUCUCUUCUUACAGAGCUGUGGCAGGGCAUUUUUUAAAUUCCAUAGAAAACACUAAAAGGAAAGUCUAUAGAAUCACUAGUGAUUAUUAGGAACCUAUUUUCUCAAUCUUCCUCCAUGUUGUGUUCUUUGUAUUCUUAAGAUGAUAAUAUAUUAUGUAUUUGAAUUGCUGAAAAGUUGAUAAUGAAGUUUUAAGAUAUAUGUAUAUAAAGCAUAUGCUGUAUUGGUGCAAUAAUGGUAAUUAAAAUAUGGAAAAAGG